GUCUUUUCCCGCAGCCGGGCUCUGCCAGAUACCAGGGAGCCCCGCUGCUUUCUGUCUCCUUCGCUUGUGGCUGUGGGACCCACCAGGACUGCCUUCCGCACAUUGCUCCAGGAUACCCGUGGUCCCCGCGCCUCUGCCUGCCGGACCGGGGUCAAAGACUUCCCAGUCGCUUCUCAUCUCUGAAGCUCCUGCACCUCCAGCUAUUCUAAGACAAGAUGCCGUCGGGCUUCCAACAGAUCGGCUCAGAAGAUGGGGAACCUCCUCGACAGCGAGUGACUGGGACCCUGGUCCUUGCUGUAUUCUCAGCUGUUCUUGGCUCCCUGCAGUUUGGCUACAACAUUGGAGUCAUCAAUGCCCCACAGAAGGUGAUUGAACAAAGCUACAAUGAAACAUGGCUGGGGAGACAGGGUCCUGAGGGACCUGGCUCCAUUCCACCAAGCACCCUUACUACCCUCUGGUCUCUCUCCGUGGCCAUCUUUUCUGUGGGCGGCAUGAUUUCCUCUUUCCUCAUUGGCAUCAUCUCUCAGUGGCUGGGCAGGAAAAGGGCUAUGUUGGCCAACAAUGUCCUGGCGGUGCUGGGGGGCACCCUCAUGGGCCUAGCCAAUGCUACUGCCUCCUAUGAGAUACUCAUUCUUGGACGGUUCCUCAUUGGCGCCUAUUCAGGGCUAACAUCAGGGCUGGUGCCCAUGUACGUGGGGGAGAUUGCCCCUACUCACCUUCGGGGUGCCUUGGGGACACUCAACCAACUGGCCAUCGUCAUUGGCAUUCUGAUCGCCCAGGUGCUAGGCUUGGAGUCCAUGUUGGGCACUGCUACUCUAUGGCCACUGCUCCUGGGCAUCACAGUACUUCCUGCCCUUGUGCAGCUGGUCCUGCUGCCCUUCUGCCCUGAGAGUCCCCGCUAUCUCUACAUCAUCCGAAACCUGGAGGGGCCCGCGCGAAAGAGUCUGAAGCGCCUGACGGGCUGGGCUGAUGUGUCUGAUGCGCUGGCUGAGCUGAAGGAUGAGAAGCGGAAACUGGAGCGAGAGCGGCCACUGUCCCUGCUCCAACUCCUUGGCAGCCGCACCCACCGGCAGCCCCUAGUUAUUGCAGUUGUGUUGCAGCUGAGCCAGCAGCUCUCAGGCAUCAAUGCUGUUUUCUAUUAUUCGACCAGCAUCUUCGAGUCAGCAGGGGUGGGGCAGCCAGCCUAUGCCACCAUAGGAGCUGGUGUGGUCAAUACUGUCUUCACCUUGGUCUCGGUGUUCUUGGUGGAGCGUGCUGGGCGUCGAACACUUCAUCUCCUGGGCCUGUCAGGCAUGUGUGGCUGUGCCAUCUUAAUGACUGUGGCUCUGCUUCUGCUGGAGCGGGUUCCAGCCAUGAACUAUGUCUCCAUCGUGGCCAUCUUUGGCUUUGUGGCUUUCUUUGAGAUUGGCCCUGGUCCCAUACCCUGGUUCAUCGUGGCCGAACUCUUCAGCCAGGGACCCCGCCCAGCGGCUAUGGCAGUGGCUGGUUUCUCCAACUGGACGUGCAACUUCAUCGUUGGCAUGGGUUUCCAGUAUGUUGCGGAUGCUAUGGGUCCCUACGUCUUCCUUCUAUUUGCGAUCCUCCUGCUUGGCUUCUUCAUCUUCACCUUCUUAAAAGUGCCUGAAACCCGAGGCCGGACGUUUGACCAGAUCUCAGCUGCCUUCCGUCGGACACCCUCUCUUUUAGAGCAGGAGGUGAAACCCAGCACGGAACUCGAAUACUUAGGGCCAGAUGAGAAUGACUGAGGGGCAAGGCAGGGGUGGGAGAACCAGCUUUCUCCACCCCUGAGAUCCCCUCCUUUCCUCUGCAGCACUUUAACCCUCUCUUCCCCAUUACUUCCAGGGUAGAGAAAAAACCCUGCAACCUGGUAGAAUUGGGAAGCUGAAGGGAAGGGUGGUCUAAGCACCCCUUCAUUCCCCUCGUGUGACUCUUUUGGAUUAUUUAUGUGUUGUGGUUAGGCCGUGACUGUCAGGGUGGGCUGUUUUCCCUCUCCUUUCCCACCCCAAACUCCUCUCCAGAAUACAUCCACCCCCUCUAGGGAAGAGGGGCUAGAGAAGAGGUGGCUCUAGACUGGCUUCUUCAGUGGAACAAACUGAAGCAGAAAGCAGGACAUGAGACCAGAAGUUGAGUUUCCCACCACCUUAGACUCCUCCCACAACCUGGCACUUUCACUGAAUUAUUGCCACAUAGACUCUGGGUGAAGGGG